ACGGGUGGCAUUGCGGGGGGAGCGUUGCUUCUUCUCGGUGUCGUCUCGCUCGUCCUCUAUCGGAACUGGCGCUACGAGCAGGAGCUUGACAGCUUGCUGUGGAAGGUGGACUUCAAGGAAAUUCAGAUGCACGAAAAUGAAAAGGAAUCGGCCGGCCAAAAGAUGACUCGGACGACACAUCCGCUGAUCCGUACGAGCCAGGUUAGUCUCAGCUCCAACCCCGAUCUAGACUUCCGGUACUCGACGAUCUUCACACCGAUCGGUCUGUACAAGGGCCAGCUGUACGCGAUCAAGAAGGUGAAGAAGAAGAGCAUCGACAUUACGCGUGAGAUGAAAAAGGAACUAAAGUUGCUGCGUGACAUGCGCCACGAUAAUCUGAAUGCCUUCAUCGGCGCCUGUACCGAGCCGCCCAAUAUCUGCAUUAUCACCGACUACUGUAACCGGGGCAGUCUGAAGGAUGUACUGGAAAACGAGGACGUCAAGCUGGACAACAUGUUUACCGCCUCGAUGGUGGCGGACAUUCUGCGUGGCAUGAUCUACCUGCACGAGUCACCGCUCCGCUUCCACGGUGCCCUCCGUACCGCCAACUGUCUGAUCGAUUCACGUUGGGUGGUGAAACUGAGCGAUUUCGGUCUGUUCGCGUUCAAGCAGGGUUCGGAGGAGGUACCGGACGAGAAGGAGAAACUGGAGGAAACAUGCCAAAAACUGCUGUACCGGGCACCGGAGCUACUGCGAGCGGGAUCCACGGCAACGGUACCGGGCACACCCAAGGGUGACGUCUACUCGUUCGGUAUCGUCCUGUACGAGAUCUUCACGCGCCGUGGCCCAUUCGGGGAGAUCGAAUGCACACCGAUGGAGUGUCUGAAGCGGGUACUGAACCCACUGGACCCAAACACCCCGUUCCGACCGGCCAUUCAACCGCUCGAAACCUCCUUCGAUUGUGUGCGCGAGUGUUUGCGCGAAUGUUGGGCUGAGCGGCCCGAAGACCGUCCGGACUUUAAGGCGAUCCGCAACAAACUGCGGGUACUGCGCAAGGGUAUGCGACCGAACAUCUUCGACAACAUGAUGGCCAUGAUGGAGAAGUACGCGAACAAUCUGGAGCAGCUGGUGGACGAGCGUACCGAUCAGCUGCAGGAGGAGAAGAAGAAAACGGAUGCCCUUCUCCUUGAGAUGCUACCACGGCCGGUGGCGGAACAGCUGAAGCGGGGCCAUAAGGUUGAAGCCGAGAGCUACGAUCUCGUGACGAUCUACUUCAGUGACAUCGUCGGCUUUACGUCGAUGUCGGCCGAAAGUACGCCACUGCAGGUGGUGGACUUUCUGAACGAUCUGUACACCUGCUUCGACUCGAUCAUCGGUCACUACGACGUGUACAAGGUGGAGACGAUCGGGGACGCGUACAUGGUGGUAUCGGGACUACCGAUCCGGAAUGGGUUGAUACAUGCGGCCGAGAUUGCGUCAAUGUCGCUGCAGUUGCUGGAGGCGGUGGCUGAGUUUAAGAUACGGCAUCGACCAAACGAUCGGUUGUAUCUGCGAAUCGGGAUACACUCCGGGCCGGUCUGUGCAGGGGUGGUUGGGUUGAAGAUGCCUCGGUAUUGUCUGUUCGGUGAUACGGUCAAUACGGCUUCACGGAUGGAAUCGACCGGGCAACCGCUUAAGAUCCACUGUAGUCUGCAGACCAAAGAGAUCCUCGAUUCGCUCGGUGGUUACCAGUUCGCCGAUCGUGGACUGGUGCCGAUGAAGGGGAAGGGUGAGCAGCGGACAUUCUGGUUGGUGGGUGAGGAUCCGGAAGCACGGUCCCGGCGUACCAGGGAACGUACAGAGCGGCGCGGUUCCAGAGCACUGAACAAGUAUCUCGGUAUGCUAAAGAGUGCUACCAAUGUGCCGGGUGUGCGCAGUUCGCUCAAGACACGCUCGAUGGCAUUCGGUGCGCUACCACGUGGUUCAUUGCCACGUUCGUCUAGUCUGGAGUCACCGAAGCGGUUGCGGUUCGCCAGUGGUGCUAUGCUGGAGCAACAUCGGUAUCAUAGGUACAGCGAUGAUGCGUUGAUGGAAGUCAUCUCGGACAGUAGUAUUCGACGAUCGGAUUACAGUAUUUCCGAUGCAACCGAAGACAUCACUGCCUCCUGUCCUUGCAUCGAUCAACUCGGACAGACGAGCCUCGCCGAGCCGGCCUACGUGCUAACGAACUGCCCAACGGUUACGACGCCAUUGCUGAACAGUAGUAUCGCCACUUAGCACUCCUGGCAACCUAGCAAAUAGUCAGGGAAUGUGGCAGAAGAGGGAGCCGGGCCGCAAAGUAUUCGUUAAGUUAAGUAAGGAUUGCUGAGUUGAUCCGGAUUGUCGAGCUCUCGAAAUUGGAUCGACAUUCAGCUGCGCGGCCACAUACCGAUAUCUAGUCAUGUCCUCAGUGUCUAUCUGUGUGCUUAGUGCGGUAUACGCAAAGGUGAUAUAAACAGGAUAGGAAGAGGAGGAUAAGGAAGUCGACCGCGGUCACACGAUAUGAAGAAGGCUCGUGUGUAUGACACAGACACACGUCUGUGUGUAAUUGUGUGAAAGCGUGACGUAAAGAGUGGGUGCAAGGAGGGAAAAGAUGCCAGAGCAGCGCAAAACUACUUACCCAAAUCGUCUAUCACCGUUGCUAGAACUCG